AUGAAAUUUGAUACACAUUUUCAAUUUGGGAUUUUACCCAACAAAUCAAUUGAAUGGAGUCUUAAAUCAAAAAUAGCGAUCAGCGUGCUCUUCUACCUUCUUGUCGGUUUGAUCAACAGUGCAUCAAGUACUUGUGAAACUGAUAAAUUGGGAUUCUGCCAUGACAUAAUUGAUGGAAUAUACACUCGCAUCGUUUUGUGCUGUGUCAUUCUGAGUAAUACGCGAGUUUAA